AUGGCGAAAGCGGCGAAGAAGGGAUCACCCGCUAAGAAGGAAUCGAAGACCAAGAAAAGUGGCAAAACUAAGGAUCCGAACGCUCCGAAAAGAGCUAUGUCCGCUUUCUUCUUCUGGAUGGCUGACAACCGCGACCGCAUCAAGAAGCCAGGGAUGGGAGUUGCUGAAGUCGCAAAGGCGGCUGGAGUCGAAUGGGGCAAAGUAGCUGACAAAUCGAAGUGGGAGAAAAAGGCUGCAGAGGACAAGAAGCGAUACGAAACCGAGAUGGCUGCGUACAAGGGAAGCGAAUAA